GCAAAGGGCAAAGGGCAACGUCCGGGUCGAGCAAGGUAGUAAUGGCGGCAUCUGGGGAGCCCGGGAGGCCCUGGCAGGAGGAGGUGGAGGCAGCGGUGGUAGUGGUGGGUUCCUGCAUGACCGACCUGGUCAGUCUUACUUCUCGCUUGCCAAAAACUGGAGAAACCAUCCACGGACAUAAGUUUUUCAUUGGCUUUGGAGGAAAAGGUGCCAACCAGUGUGUUCAAGCUGCUCGGCUUGGAGCGAAGGCAUCCAUAGUGUGCAAGGUUGGCAAAGAUUCUUUUGGCAAUGAUUACAUAGAAAACUUAAAACAAAACCAUAUUUCUACAGAAUUUACAUAUCAAACUAGAGAUGCUGCAACAGGAGCUGCUUCUAUAAUUGUCAAUGAUGAAGGCCAGAAUAUCAUCGUCAUAGUGGCUGGAGCAAAUCUGCUUUUGAGUACUGAAGACUUGAAGAAGGCAGCCAGUGUCAUUAGCAGUGCCAAAGUGAUGAUCUGCCAACUCGAAAUCAGCCCAGCAACUUCUCUGGAAGCUCUGACAAUGGCCCACAGCAAUGGAGUGAAAACAUUGUUCAAUCCAGCUCCUGCCACUGCUGACCUGGACCCCCGGUUCUAUACCCUCUCCAAUGUGUUCUGUUGCAAUGAAAGUGAGACUGAGAUUUUAACGGGCCUCACAGUGAAUAACCCGACCGAGGCUGGGAAGGCUGCAUUGGUUCUCCUGGAACGGGGCUGCCAGGCCGUGGUCAUCACCUUAGGGGCUUCAGGAUGUGUAACACUGUCACAGACGGAGCCUGUCCCAAAGCACAUCCCCACAGAAGCAGUCAAGGCUGUGGAUACCACGGGUGCUGGUGACAGUUUCGUGGGUGCUCUGGCCUUCUACCUGGCUUACUACCCAAAUUUGUCCUUGGAAGAAAUGCUAAAGAGAUCAAAUUUCAUCGCUUCAGUCAGCGUCCAGGCUCCAGGAACACAGGCCUCCUAUCCAUACAGAAAAGACCUUCCUCUUGCUCUAUUCUGACUGCUGCCAACCCCAAAUAAAUAUAAGCUGCAAAUAAAAUGCAUGUGGGUGUGGCUGCUCAGCUCA